GGAUCUUUCUUAUAUUAAAAUCAUGGACGUUGGAAGGAGUUACCUUGUGAACCGAGUAAUGGACCACAUCCAAAGUCGGAUUGUUUACUACCUCAUGAAUAUCCACGUAACUCCUCGUUCCAUCUACCUCUGUCGGCAUGGAGAAAGUGAACUAAAUCUGAAGGGAAGGAUAGGAGGAGACACAGGGUUGUCUCGCAGAGGAAAAGAGUUUGCCAAGAGCCUUGCACAGUUUAUUAAUGAACAAAACAUCAAAGACCUGAAAGUAUGGACAAGCCAGAUGAAAAGGACCAUUCAGACUGCAGAGGCAUUGGGAGUGCCUUACGAGCAAUGGAAAGUUUUAAAUGAAAUAGAUGCA